CUCUCACGUUAGCCUUUGUAUCUUUUUUUUCUUUGUUUUUAGAUUGUUCUUCUAUCUCUGUAUGCCGCCUCUGUAGAUGGUGAUCUAAAAUGAAUAUUCUUGGGUUCUCUUUUAGGUAAGGUACCCCUUCGCAGAUAUGUCGUGAUGUGACCUAGUGCCCCCGCAGGUAUCGGCACCAUUUAACGCGAUUCUCCAAAGUCGGGGUCCCGCAUUUCAGUGUAAUCGCUGGGGGGGAUAUGUAGAAGCAGGCCAAGUGAACAAUACCAAAUACAAGCUAUCCUAUUGGGUUGUUGUGAUCACGACUUAUACACAACACAUCUUGUAAAGUUUCACCUUUAUUAGCAACUAUGUCUUCAAGCACCCAGAAUAAUACAGAUAAGUUCCGGCGGGAUACGGAGCUCAACGGAGACUAUGACCUGUCACAGGCGAUCGACUCGCGCCAGGGGAUGCGGCAAGGACUGACAUCGUACGGGGACGCGCACUUCUCGCUGUUCUUCCGUAAGGUGUGCAUCAAGGCGCUAGGCUAUUCAGAGGACGCGCUGUCGCGGCCGAUUGUCGGUAUCGUGAACACGUUCUCCGGGUUCAACCCGUGCCAUGCCAACGUGCCGCAGCUCAUAGAUGCGGUGCGAAGAGGAGUGCAACUUGCGGGGGGGCUGGCGGUGGAUUUCCCGACGAUUAGUUUACACGAGUCGUUUGCGGCGCCGACGAGCAUGUACCUUAGGAAUCUGAUGAGUAUGGAUACUGAGGAGAUGAUUAGGGCGCAGCCGGUUGAUGCGGUGGUGUUGGUGGGAGGAUGCGAUAAGACGACGCCGGCGCAGCUCAUGGGCGGUAUAUCGGCGAACAAGCCCAUCCUGCAUCUCGUCACGGGGCCGAUGAUGCCGGGUAGCCAUAAGGGGGUUAGGAUCGGGGCGUGUACCGACUGCCGGAAUAACUGGGCGAGCUUUCGGGCUGGUGUUAUUGAUAUCGAGGAGAUUGCGGCGCUGAAUGAGGAGCUUGCACCGACGGCUGGGACGUGUGGAGUUAUGGGCACGGCGAGUACAAUGGCAUGUAUACUAGUCGGACUCGGCCUCAUGCCAUUUAAGGGGGCAACAGCACCAGCCGUAUCAUCGGCUCGCCUGCGAAUUGCGGAAGAGACGGGUGCUACCGCUGUGAAAAUUAUUUCAGCCGGCGACAAACUAAAACCGCAGGUCUUACUCACGCGGGAGUCAUUCCUAAACGCUAUUACUGUACUACAAGCCAUUGGCGGCUCUACAAACGCUGUGGUUCACUUGAUGGCUAUUAUUAACCGGCACCCUACCGUUGCGGGCACUAUCACUCUUGAUACCUUCGACGAGAUCGGCUGCCGCACUCCUCUCCUUGUAGGUCUGAAACCUAGUGGUUCUAAUUACAUGACCGAUUUCCACAAUUCAGGCGGCAUGGCUACGCUGCUACGGGAACUGAGGCCACUCCUGUACUUAGACGCACUGACGGUUUCCGGGAAGACGCUGGGUGAAGCACUGGAUAGCGAGCGCUCAAUACCGGUACCUCAGGAACUACGCUGUAUCCAACCCUUCGAUGUCCCUCUUUAUCCAGCUUCCUCGCUAGUCGUGUUACGCGGUAACCUCGCACCCGGAGGCGCCGUCAUGAAAGCGAGCGCGUCUAAAGACCGCAGGUUCCUAAAGCAUUCUGGGAGAGCCGUAGUAUUUGCUGGGUCCGCAGACCUAGCUGCACGUAUCGACGACGAGAACCUAGAGGUCACGCCCGACAGCGUAUUAGUGCUACAGAACAUUGGACCGGUGGGCAAUCCGGGGAUGCCGGAGGCCGGGCUGGUGCCGAUCCCGCGGAAAUUAGCAGCGCGCGGGGUGGUAGAUAUGCUGCGAGUUUCGGACGGGCGGAUGAGCGGUACUGCUGGUGGUACUAUCGUGCUACAUGUCUCGCCAGAAGCAGCGAACCCGGCGUCUGUGCUGGGGAUCGUAAGGGACGGCGAUGUGAUUACGUGCGACGUAGAGAAGCGACUUUUGCAAGUUGAAAUUAGCGACGAGGAAAUUGAGAGUAGGAGGGAGGCCAGGCGCGCGGAGGUGGAAAAGGCCGAUUCGAAACACCCUUGGAAGGCGAGGGAGAAAAUGAGAGGGUAUAGGGGUUUGUAUAUGAGGUCGGUCAAUGAGGCGGAUCAAGGGGCGGAUUUUGACUUUUUACGUGCUGAAGGGUCAGGGUGACUGCUAUUAUAACUUAUAAGCCAUAUAUCAAUAGUCAUUUCAUUGCUAGAGACGCCAUAAAAACAGUACAUUCAUGAGUUGGCUGGUUGGGUAGGUAAUUCUUAAAGAUUUCAUAUAACCAGCCGGAAUAUCAAAGAUCAUAAAUCAUAACUUCCAGGGGCU